UAGAACUUCUAAAGUAAAAAAUAUAUAUUUUAUGCAUUUAUUGUACAUACAUUGUAUGUUACCGAUUGAGUAGUUCAAAAUAGAAACAGGAAAAAAUACAAUAAAAAAACGAAAUAGUACAAUCAUGUCGUGAAUGCUCUUGGUUUGCUCUUAUCUUUGCUUCCUGUKGUUGUUGGUUGAGCGGCUGAGCUGAACGUGUGGCGCCACUUCCGUCGCCCCCUCGUGGCGAGUAACGAAGCUACGAUGUAGCGCUCCCGCUGCAUGCCACGGACAUGUAGUUGAACUCCUUGAACUCUCUGAAUCACACAAGAAACAAAACCUGAACAAAACACCAGAAACAUAAAUAUGUUUGGGUAAUAUUUAUUAAAAAAUAAAAGAUAAUUUACAAAAGCAUCAAUAUUUAAUUUUAAAGCGAACGGAUUGUUACCUGUUUUACGUCGGAACGGAUAGCUUGGAGCCUUGCAGACGGAGUGGAUGGAGAAAUGUGGUGCUACCAAAAGCCGGGCUUUGAAGCCUUCCUCMUCACCGAGCUGCAGAGACAACAGCAGCGCAGCCAGUUCUGUGACACUUUGCUCAAAGCUGGAGGUGUUUCGGUGCCGGCACACAGUUGCAUUCUGUCAGCGAUCAGUCCCCACAUCUCCUCGGCUCUGUCCACCUCACCGGCACCCACUGCAGGACAGAGCCGUCACGUGGAGUUCCCGACCCUGGGGGGCUGCACCCUGCUGCACAUCAUCAGACUCCUUUACUCUGGGGAGAUGGCCGGAGUGGGGGAAAGCGAGAAGCAGCAAGCCAUCUGUGCUGCAGCCAAGCUGGGGAUCGGCGGACUGGUGGAGGUGACAAAAAGUCAAGCUGGAGGAGGAAGAGGAGGAGCAGAAGGAGGAGGAGGAGGGGUAACAGGGGCCCAGUUUGCAGAGGUCGGAGUCCAAACGGAGGGGGACGACUGUGGACGCAGCAGGUGGAGGAGAGAGGUGAAAGACGGGAGCACCUAUCUGUGGAAGGAGACGCCGUCAGAUGGUGGGAAAGACAUGUGGACCCAAACAGAGGAAAUGCAGGUGAACCUGCCCCCCCCUGCCCCCCCGCCUGCCUCCUUUGAGACCAUCGAUCUGGACAUCUUCCAGAGUCUAGGACAGGUCCCCAUCUUCGUCUUCCCUCCAGAUGAAAACCAAGCGGUCUGUGUUCAGGAAGCGGCGCCCCCUCCCCUCCCUCACUGCUCCAGACAGGCGGAGCCCUGGAGCGGCUGGGCGGACCCCCAAGGAGCAGGCAACCACGAGGUGUGGGAGGCCGAACAGAUCGAGCAGUUUGAAGGCAACAUCGCCGGAUACAUCAACAACUACUUCCUGGACCAGAUGAAGGCGGAGGGCGCCCCGGGGAGGAGGCGGGCAGGGAGGAGGCGGGCAGGGAGGAGGCCGCGAGGGGCCCGGGGGCCCAGGACAGGUCAGCAGAGGGCCGGGAGGCCCCGAGGGAGGACUGCAGGGAGGGGCCGCAGAGGGAUCACUCAGCGGGUGGACGUGCAGGAGGUGGGAGUGGGGAGGCUGCAGAUGCAGUUUCUGAACAGGUGGGGGACGAGGACUCCCAGGACAGGUCAGGGGGGCGGAGCCGUCGGCAGGAGGCUGCUCCUGAAGGAGAGGGAGGUCCCACCGGCUGCCAGGAGGGCCCCGAGCAGGAGAGGGCGUGGUAAAGGGACGGAGGUCAGCCAGAGCCGGGAUACGGUGCUGGGAGGAAACACUGAGCAGGAAAACACUCCAACACAGCUCCACCAGGCCAGUCUUGCUGGAAGCAGAGAUCGACGUUUGGGAGCGAAGUCAACUCCAGUUCCUGCGCCGUCGAAGCAGCUCCACAGCCGCCCCGCUUUAUCUGGCUCCUGUUCGUCUCUGUCUGAUCUGCUGCGUUCCCCCGCCGCCUCCUGCAUCUCCACAGUGUCGUCCGACCUCCCGACCGUCCGCCUCCCGCCUCCCGAGCCCCAGCCUGAGCACAUCGACCGCCUUCUGGAGGAAGCCAUUAAGAACCUGCAUAUUUUGGGGCAGAGCGACAUAGACGGAGCUCCACAUUCUGAGAGCGGCAGCGAAUCUUCUGGCAGCACCCCGAACAAACCGCAGGGGUCCGAGGUCCCCGUCCUGCAGCAGCAGUUUGAAGGAGAGGACAGUGAGAUUCUGGAGAACUUACUCCAGCAGGUCGACAGCUGUAACGCCAGAGAGAACGAGACGGGUGACGGGAGUUCCUCGGAGGCCGGCCGGCUGCACACGAGCCCGAGSAAAUCCCAACGAGCCGAGACUCCGGCGGAAACCCCUCACGUCCUUCAGCCACGGUGCAAAAAGGCACCGGGACCAACCAGUCCCCUGGAGACCUCUGAGCCUCAGGGUGAAGGCUCAGAGGCGACGGACCGUGCUGCUUCCCCGGAACACGCYGGGAAAUCUCAGAACGCCCGAACCAAGCGACCCAAGAGGAAAAAACUGGACUACCUGUUCUCGUUGGAGAAGAAGAAGACGAAGAAGUCCAUGUGUUCAGGUGACAGAAAGGUCACCAGAGAGGCCGAACCAGAGAGGAACGGUUUGCAGCCGGAACAAAACUGUCUGCAAGAAAAGACAACCAAGACUCGUGAGUCAGCUGUGAAAUCCUCUCAAAAAGGCACCUCUGGAAACAAUCAUCAAAACUGGAAAAGAGACAGCUACCCAAUCAGGAGCAGAUUUAGAGAGGAGCGUAUCCUGGACACUACAGCCUAUCUCGAGGCCCCGCUCCCAGCAGGAMGAUCAGAAGGUCGCCGGUGCGGCAGGCCCAGGACCAACGGACAACUUGUCAGCUCGUCUAACGGCGAGAGCGCAGCGGCGCGGCCUCAUCCACAGCCUGCAGAUUCCUGCUGCGCAGACGGCCAAUCAGAGGCAAACCAAGACAGAAACGAAGAAGGUCUGAGGGUGCGGCCGCUGGCGGAGGCAGAGGGACCUACAGGAAGUGGACAAAAGAGAUGCAACGAGGACCCGAGCGAGGAGGCCGCUGCAACGAAGAGGAUUUSCUUCGAUCGAAGAGGAACACCCAAAUCCAGCACAGACCAGGAGGAUGGAACGGUUUCCCAGACCGUCGGUUUGAGAAGCUGUUUUCAAGGAGCAAAACAAGUCGAUGAARAAAUCACGGAGGAAAGUUUCACGGGAGAAGAGGAGGAGGACGGCGAUGUGGAAGAGAACAACCGCCUGUUGGGUUUAAAGAAAYGGACCAACCCAGAGCAGGAUGGAGACUGUGACGAAGACUUGGAUGAGGAUGUCGACGUGAUCGGUGGUUGGAGUCCGGCCCCCGAUCUGGUGAGACCUGUCCAGGUUGUCCCCCUGGUGGAAGAGGAAGAGGAAGAGGAAGAGGAAGAGGAAGUAAGUGAUUUGGAGGUUGAUGUAGUUGGAGAAUGAUAGAGCUUCCUUGCUGCUGUGAAGAAACUCAAAAACACCAAACUGAGGCGCGCUCUCAGCAGAUCAGUUUAACUUCACCUUCAGUUUUUGGCAAUAAUUUUCUGUUUGGAUUGCUCUGAUGUUGUCAGAAAAGAUUAUUCAAAUUUGAUUUAUUUUAAUCAUUUUACAAAGUUUAUAUUUCUGUUGGCAUACAGUCUGUGUUCGGCAGUGUUUGUUUUAACUGUAAACCACGUUAACRUUAAACAGAGUUUUAAUGCCAAAAACAAAACGCUAAAUAAAAGUUCAGGUUUUGUAGUAUUCAGAAUAAUUAGGAGUGUUUUAUUAGUUGUACAUAUAACUGUGACUCUAUUGGUCCUAAAAAUAAUUGAUGUUUUAUUUCGACUUCUGUUCUGCUACAGUUUGUAAAUGYUUUAGGAAGCUUUGUUUUAAUUGUUAGUUUGGUACUGUUGUUUUCACAUUAAACCAACUAUUCUUUA